AGCGCUCAAGUCGAGCCAACGUCGGAUGGUGAAUGCAGAGAGCAGAGACAACGAUGCUGCGACCACCGAGCCAUGGAUGCGAAACUCUAACACUCAGACCCAAUCAGUCUGCAAAGAAGACCGUACCAAGGUCCAUCAAAUCUUGCGCUUCCAAACAGGACCUUCGAGGCCAAUCCGUUGCUGUUGUUGGUCUGGGAAAAUCUGGAAGAGCUGCGGCUAGGCUUGCUCUUGCAAGAGGUGCUUCAGUUCUAGCAAUUGACCAGAAUGAGAAUUUGGGUCUGUUAGAGCAAGAUCCUCUUUUUGAGAAGCAUAGUGGUCUGAGAACAAUCCUUGGAAACUUUGAUAGACAGCUAUUCAAGGAUGUAGAUAUGGUGGUUGUUUCCCCCGGAGUUCCGCUCGAAAAUUACGGUCUUUCCUCGUUGUUGGAAGCAGGAAAGCUCGUGAUGUCAGAGCUAGAUUUUGCUGCAGAAGUGCUUCCAAAAAGUAUCAAGAUUUUAGCAGUGACUGGAACUAAUGGAAAAUCAACUGUUGUUACUUUUGCUGGACAGAUGCUUAAGCAUUUUGGCAUCGAGGCAUUUGUUGGGGGAAACCUUGGCAAUCCACUCUCGGAGGCUGCAUUCCAUUCCUUAAAAUCACCUUCUAUGAAGCCAAACUUUCAAGUUGCCGUUGUGGAGGUUAGCAGUUAUCAAAUGGAGAUUCCCAACAAGUACUUUUGCCCUUCAGUUUCCGUGGUGUUAAACCUGGCCCCUGAUCAUUUAGAGAGGCACAAGACAAUGCAAAAUUAUGCAGGGACUAAGUGUCGUUUAGUUUCUCACAUGACCAACACCAAACUGGGACUUCUAUGUUUCGGAAAUCAGCACUUGAAUGAAGCAAUUAGAGAACAUGUCAAUGAAUUUAAUCUUGCUUGGAUAGGAGCCUUUCCAGGUGUGAAAAUUGAUAUGGAGACCAAAAUUGCCAGCUUCGAAGUUCCUAUAAUUGGAGUUAAGUCACAACUGCAAUUAAGUGCAAUGAACGUGAUGGGAAUGCACAACUACCUUAAUGCUGCAGUGGCUGCAUUAUCGAUUCUCGGACUCAAUGUUGGGGUUGAUGCUGAAGGCAUCAGUUCAGCAAUUGAAAACUUAAAGGCACCACCUCAUCGGAUGCAAAUUGUACACAGAGAUAUCAAUGGAGUAAUAUGGGUGGAUGACAGCAAGGCAACAAACGUCCAUGCAACAUACACAGGACUAAUGGGUCUAAAGGGACAAAAGUCCGUGAUUCUACUUGGUGGCCUUGCAAAGGUCAUAUGUGGACUAGAAACUGGUGGAUUUGAACGAUUGAUAGAUCCACUAAAGUAUCAUAGAUGUGUAAUCACUUUUGGAUCUUCAGGAAUGCUGAUUCAGAAGACAUUAUUUAAGAAUGGUCUUAGCAUCCCCUGUAUUAGAGCUGCAACUAUGAAGGAUGCCAUCAACUGUGCCAGGAGGAUGGCAAAAUUUGGGGAUGCUAUCUUGCUUAGUCCAGGUUGUGCGAGCUUUGAUGAAUUCAAGAAUUUUGAGCACAGAGGGAUGGUUUUUCAGGAGCUUUCCUCUUCAUCAUAGUGGUAGCAUGGAAAUCAGCUUGUAAAAUGUGAACUAGGGCAACAGACAUGCGUCUCUUCCUGUUAGAGAAGGUGUAAAACUGUAAACCAGCUUCAGCCAAGAUUUUUUGGGCACUCCCACUAUGAUGACAAAUUGAUCAUAUGAAUUUGGUGGUCAUUGAAGCAUAUUGCUGUACUUUGAUUUGGUCUUCUAUCAACAAUAAUCUCCGAGGCGCAGAUAGGUUUAUGGAGAUAAAUCGCUUUCCAGAAGAAGGUUGAUUUUAGAGGACAUGAAUCCAUGAUAUUGCAAACUUUUUUAAGGAUGAAAAAGCAGUGGAGGGCAUUGAACUGAUGGGCCUAUGUAAUUGACAAUUGCAGAUCUCAGUCAUAGUUUAUAGAGACAAUGAGGAUUCUGGUGGCAGAAUUUUCAUCUGAGAAUGGAUGUAGAAAUUAUGAUAAGAAAAUCAGAUUUCAUUGUAAUCAAAUUACUGUAAUUUUUU